GCGAGGCUGCGGGGACGCCGGGGCCUGGCCCGCUCGCGGGCCCGGAGGUGGGCGCCCCGGGCGGCGCGCCUCGCUCCCUGCGGAGCCGGCGCUGCGUCCGUCGGGGUUGCCGCCGCACGUUUUCCGCAGAGCUCGCCCCCGCCGAGCCUCCCGCGGCCGGAGCGCGGCGCUGACGCGGCUCUCCCCAUUUCGCAGAGCGGAGACACUGAGGCACAGACACCUGGCGGCGACCCGGCCGGCCUGCCCCAAGGUCCAGCAGCUGGACAUGGAGACCCAACGCUCCUCACCUCUGUCCUUCCCCAGUGUUCUGCAAGAAGAGACCCCACGUCAGGCCCCUGCUGGACCCCCCCGAGAAACUCUGUUCCAAUCGCGUGUUCUUCCCCCCAAAGAAAUUCCUUCUUCAUCUCCCCCCAUUCCCCGACAAGCCUCCCUGCCCCAAACUCCCAAGCUAGAGACCUCUGGCCGAAUGCCACACGUUCUCCAGAAGGGACCCUCACUCCUGUAUCCUGCCGCUUCUGAGCAAGAGACUCGUCUCCAGGGUCGCCCGGCUUCUCAAGAAGAGACCCAGUAUCCGCCCCCAGCUGCUGCUGAACAAGAAAUAUCACUUCUGUCCCACUCCACCCCCCACCAAGAAGGCCUCCUCCACUCGCCUGAAGUUCCUGAGAAAGACCCCCUGACCCUGUCCCCCACAGUUCCCGAGACCGACAUGGACCCCCUGCUUCAGAGCCCAGUUUCCCAAAAAGACACCCCCUUCCAGAUCUCUUCGGCAGCCCAGAAGGACACACCGCUCCCGACAGCGGAGAUCACCCGCUUGGCCGUGUGGGCUGCCGUCCAGGCCGUGGAGAGGAAACUGGAGGCCCAGGCCAUGCGGCUCCUGACCCUGGAGGGGCGGACGGGGACGGCCGAGAAGAAGCUGGCGGACUGCGAGAAGACGGCCGUGGAGUUUGCGAACCAUCUGGAGAGCAAGUGGGUCGUGCUGGGGACCCUGCUGCAGGAGUACGGGCUGCUGCAGAGGCGGCUGGAGAACAUGGAGAACCUGCUGAAAAACCGAAAUUUCUGGAUCCUGCGGCUGCCACCAGGCAGCAACGGAGAAGUUCCCAAGGUCCCUGUCACCUUCGAUGAUGUCGCCGUCCAUUUCUCAGAGCAGGAGUGGGGGAACCUGUCGGAGUGGCAGAAGGAGCUCUACAAGAACGUGAUGAGGGGCAACUAUGAGUCUCUGGUUUCUAUGGACUAUGCAAUUUCCAAACCAGACCUCAUGUCGCAGAUGGAGCGUGGGGAGAGGCCGACCAUGCAGGAACAAGAGGACUCCGAGGAAGGCGAGACGCCCGCGGAUCCCAGUGCUGCACACGACGGGAUCGUGAUUAAGAUCGAGGUGCAGACCAACGACGAGGGCUCAGAAAGUUUGGAGACGCCGGAGCCCCUGAUGGGACAGGUGGAGGAGCAUGGCUUUCAGGACUCCGAGCUGGGCGACCCGUGUGCGGAGCAGCCAGAUUUAGACAUGCAAGAACAGGACAAUACGCUGGAAGAGUCCACCGAAGGCUCCAGCGAGUUCAGCGAGCUCAAACAGAUGCUGGUGCAGCAGAGAAACUGCGCAGAGGGGAUCGUGAUCAAAACCGAGGAGCAGGAGGAGGAGGAGGAAGAGGAGGAGGAGGACGAGCUGCCGCAGCACCUGCAGGCUCUCGGGCAGCUGUCAGGGCGCUACGAGGCCGGCAUGUACCAGACCCCGCUGCCCGGGGAGCUGUCCCCCGAGGGCGAGGAGAGCCCCCCGCCGCUGCAGCUGGGCAAGCCGGCCGUGAAGAGGCUGGCGCCGCCGACGCACGGGGAGCGGCACCCGGGCGACAGCCGCGGCUCCUCGAGCCAGCAGCAGCGGAACCGGCGCGGCGAGCGGCCCUUCACCUGCAUGGAGUGCGGCAAGAGCUUCCGGCUGAAGAUCAACCUCAUCAUCCACCAGCGCAACCACAUCAAGGAGGGGCCCUACGAGUGCGCCGAGUGCGAGAUCAGCUUCCGCCACAAGCAGCAGCUCACGCUGCACCAGCGCAUCCACCGCGUCCGCGGCGGCUACGCGUCCCCCGAGCGCGGGCCCGGCUUCGCCCCCAAGCACACGCUCAAGCCGCGCCCCAAGUCGCCCAGCUCGGGCAGCGGCGGCGGCGGCCCCAAGCCCUACAAGUGCCCCGAGUGCGACAGCAGCUUCAGCCACAAGUCGAGCCUGACCAAGCACCAGAUCACGCACACGGGCGAGCGGCCCUACACGUGCCCCGAGUGCAAGAAGAGCUUCCGCCUGCACAUCAGCCUGGUGAUCCACCAGCGCGUGCACGCGGGCAAGCACGAGGUCUCCUUCAUCUGCAGCCUGUGCGGCAAGAGCUUCAGCCGCCCGUCGCACCUGCUGCGCCACCAGCGGACUCACACGGGCGAGCGGCCCUUCAAGUGCCCCGAGUGCGAGAAGAGCUUCAGCGAGAAGUCCAAGCUCACCAACCACUGCCGCGUGCACUCGCGCGAGCGCCCGCACGCCUGUCCCGAGUGCGGCAAGAGCUUCAUCCGCAAGCACCACCUGCUCGAGCACCGGCGCAUCCACACGGGCGAGCGGCCCUACCACUGCGCCGAGUGCGGCAAGCGCUUCACGCAGAAGCACCACCUGCUGGAGCACCAGCGCGCGCACACGGGCGAGCGGCCCUACCCCUGCACGCACUGCGCCAAGUGCUUCCGCUACAAGCAGUCGCUCAAGUACCACCUGCGGACCCACACGGGCGAGUGAGCGCGCCCGCCGCCGCGCCGCCCGGCCAGGUGCGCCGCCAGCUGC